UAAGAACUCUAUUCAAUCUCCAUCGUUUAUUAAUUCGAAUUUUAUGUUUAAUCCGACCUCUACUACUGGCUCUUUUUAGUUGUAUAAGGAGUUAAUCAUUUCAUCAUGGUACGAUUUAUGUUUGACGUCAUAUUGCUCCUGGAACUCCACGCCUACCUAGUGUCAUCUCGUGGCAUCAUGGAUAGGACUAUGCCAACUAACAUUAGCUGCCAGUUGGACAUUGAAGGAGCUAAAGCACUGGAAGUCGUCCAGAGAGAGGGAAGUGUCUACAUCAACAUGAAUUUGAAGUUUGUAAACUCAUCCGGCAUCGAAAUUGAUCAAAUCCUGAAUGAAACUAGUACGAUCGUCAACAUUAAACGCUGGGUAUUAGCCGUUGGACCCAGGGGUGUUCAACUAUUAAAAUACCCACAUAACGUUGUGCACCUCUCUCUUGGUACACUUAAGCCGGGUGUGCAGAGAGUGUCGCUGAACGUGUUAUUGUCAGUGGACUGUUUCCUGAACGCUGAUGAUGAUAAAAAGCUUGAUAUAAUUGCAACAUCACUCGCAAAUUUCCAAUCAACAGAGGGCUUAAAACUGGACCAGGCUAUUUGCUUGGAACAGUUAUUAACUCCAGUUUCUAUAACUUCCCCUGGGGAAUUUUAUUUCGAUUGUUGGCGACUUGUAAUAGGGAAUGAGUAUUACAGAGACAAGACAAAUAUCAGGGUUGUUGGUUUUUUAAGCCUUCUUGUAAUAUUUUAUCUCAGUUACUUCCUUCUGUCGUUCCUUUGUCCAAAUCCACCGUUAAUAAUAGGCCUAUUACAAAGUGAACUGACAGAGUAUAUAAGCAUAAAUACCGAUCUCAAUAUUGGUGUUAAAUACGUUCUAUUUUUUGCAGGUAAUGAAUGCUGCUGUUCUAUUUUGUAUAUUCUGCGUUGCCUUGUUUAUUUAAGCCUAUGGCAGUAUUUGCCAUUGACUAUUAACUAUAUUUUAGUCGAUGAGGAAUACAGAUCCACUGAUUUCUUCUAUGUAUCAGUAAUCUUUAAUCCAAUUACUAUAGUGUGUACAACAGUGGCUUUCUACAUGUAUAAACGCUCCACCAAACCCUUUCUCUCCAAUCAAAAUUGGGUUCAAAUAAUACUUAGACAACUUGAUAAUAGUUCCACGCUUAGCAAAUUAAAUGAAUCUUUCGAUAUAAAUAAUGAUCCCACUUCACACUUAACUAUGUUUCAAAAAACAGUAAAUGAUAUAAAUCAGAUAAUGGUAUCAUUAGUAACAUUGGAAUUUUGGAAAGGUAUUUGGAAAGAAACAGAAUAUAAUAAUUGGACAUGGAAUUCUUUUGCUUUCGUUUGCAAGUUUAUAUCUAUUAUAAUGUUAAUUAAUCCGUUAACAUUGAUCAUUUUACAUUUUGCAGAUUCAAUGAAAAAAAGUUAUUGGCGCUUGUUAAUACUUUUUCUAUAUUUCCUUUUUGUUUACGUGUGGUUUGGGUUUUCAGUGUACCUGGUGGUGAAUAACCUCUUGCAAAUUCUGUAUUACUUCUUCAUAGGACUGUUAACAAACUCCUCUUAUAUUUUUAACGUUGUUUUUGUUUCUUUUCUUAUCAUUGUAUAUUUUCUUACCACUGUAACUGACUUAAAUGCCGGUUACGUAAAAUUUCUGAGACAGGUUAUAGAUUCAAUGGAUAAAGUUGUUGAAAAACAUACAGCAGAGCCAGACCAAGCACAUGUCGGUGGCAAUAGUAUUGGCCAACAUUCUCACAUUUAUGUAAAGAGAAAUGGUCUGAUGUACAUUAAAAAAGAGUUUUUUUAUGAGAUUGUCAAAAAGUACAGACCAAUAGGUCCUAAGACUGUGAUUAUGCUUGUAAAGUUAGCCGUAAGUGGUUUGGUUAUAUAUAUUGCAGCUGAUACAUUGGAAUCUAUCGACCAAAUACAGAGCUUAAGCGUUGAAGUUAGGUCAAUUCCUGUCAUUUUAAUUCCUCUCGUUAUUCCGUUUUUCUGUAAACUUAUUAAGAAUGAAGCGCAAGAAGAAAACGAAAUAGAAGUGAUAAAAGCUUAG